GUAGGACGUGGGCGAUUUUAGAACUAUACGUUAGGGACUGUAAUAUGAUUUACGUUCUUAGUUCUCAAUAGUCAAUAAUAGAAUUACACAGCAAAAUGGUUUUGCGUGUAGGUAGACCUGUAGUUGACGACUUUAGCCUUGGACCCUUCUUAUAAAAGCGCGGAGAAGAAGUGUCUUCACCGAGUAUACCGCCAGCUACCGACGUUAAAUUCAUUUCCAGUUGUUGGGUUGUGUUUCACUGCCAUUGCCAGCAACUAAGAAUCUCAGCUUGUUUCGAUUCUACUACUCCAGCCGAAGCCCACAACUAGAAAUCUCAGAUGGAUGCAUUGGAUUUGAAGAAGGUGGGGAGUGGAAGGUCUCAGGGGUCAGGGCACAGCCGUGAAAGUUCCGCAGGAGGAGGAAGGUUUGAGUAUUUUGGGUGGGUGUAUCAUUUGGGGGUGAAUAAGAUAGGGCGUGAGUACUGUCACCUUCGUUUUCUCUUCAUUCGGGGAAAGUAUGUUGAGAUGUACAAGCGUGAUCCUCAUGAGAACCCCGGAAUUAAACCCAUUCGGAAAGGUGUUGUUGGGCCUACAUUGAUGAUAGAGGAGCUUGGGCGUCGAAAGGUCAACCAUGGAGGUGGGGGUGGGGAUAUUUAUGUUCUACGGUUUUACAAUCGGUUGGAUGAAACAAAGAAGGGAGAGAUUGCUUGUGCUACAGCUGGAGAAGCUCAGAAGUGGAUGGAGGCAUUUGAUCAAGCCAAGCAACAGGCAGAGUUUGAGCUUUCGAGAGGAGGUAGUGCCAGAAGCAAACUGAACUCAGAGGAUGAGAUUGAUCUUGAUGGACAUCGGCCUAGAGUAAGGCACUAUGCACACGGAUUGAAAAAGCUUAUAAAGAUUGGGCAAGGGCCGGAGACGCUUUUGCGCCAAUCGUCAAACUUGGCUGCAGAUGUUGGCACAGAUGAGUACUUUGAAAAGGAUGUUGGAGAUGCAGUUGAGGCGUAUGAGUGGAAAUGUGUGCGAACAGUUAACGGUGUUAGAAUAUUUCAAGAUGUUGCUAACUCUGACAGGGGUAAAGGUGUUAUCGUCAAGGCUGUUGGAGUUAUUGAUGCAAGUGCAGAUACUGCUUUCGAAGUUCUUUUGAACCUUGAGCGACAUCAGAGAUAUGAGUGGGAUAUGCUGACAGGUGAUUUGGAGAUGGUAGAUUCUUAUGAUGGACACUAUGAUGUUGUCUAUGGGACGUACAGUCCUAUGUAUCUUUCUAGGUGGGACUCCAAGAGAGAUUUUAUCUUUUCUAGGCAAUGGUUCCGUGGACAAGAUGGAACAUACACAAUCUUGCAAUCCCCAGCUGUUCAUAAGAAGAAGCCUCAGAGUUCUGGAUAUCGUCGUACAAAACUAAAUCCAUCUACUUGGGAGAUUAGAAAUUUUAACACAUCCAUGGAUACUAAUACUCCAAGAUGUCUUGUCACACAGAUGGUGGAGAUACGUUCUGUUGGCUGGUGGAAGUGGAAGAAAAAUCACUUCUCAAAGUUUGAAAAAAGUGUCCCUUAUGCAUUGUUGUGUCAAGUGGCAGGUCUCAAGGAAUAUAUUGCAGCAAAUCCUGCACUCAAAUUUAAAUCUGCUGCUUCAGUUAUCCAAUCAAAGGUAUCUUCUGUUUCCAGUGGUGAAUCUGAGGCAGACGCAGCUCAUGAUGAGUUUUACGAUGCAAUGUCUGCAGACUCUUCUUCUUCUGAUGAAGAUAGUGACACUGAAUUUGAAAAUAAAGAUGCAAAAGUGAAACUGAAGAAUGUGGCAUGGGCCAUCACAAGCUUAGCUUUGAAACGAACUUUAUCAGAUGCUAAUAAGGAACUUGAUCCUAAAGCUGCUCCUUUCAUGAUUGAUCCAAGCCAGUUCCAUGGUUCCUUGCGCAAAGCAAGGGAUGAGGCCGACACGGACUGCUGGACAUCUCCAAGUGGUACCGGGUUCAUGAUUAGAGGAAAGACCUACCUAAAGGAUAGUUCCAAGGUAACAGGAGGAGAUCCUCUUCUCAAGCUCAUAGCAGUAGAUUGGUUCAAAGUUGAUAAAAGCAUAGAUAGGAUUGCCCUGCAUCCCAAGUGUCUUAUGCAGUCAGAAGCUGGAAAGAAGCUUCCAUUUGUACUAGUUGUUAAUCUCCAGGUUCCAGCAACACCAAACUAUAGUCUGGUACUUUACUACGCUUCUGACAGACCUGUAAAUCCUAAUUCUUUGCUUGCUAAAUUUGUGGAUGGGAGCGAUAUGUUUCGUAAUGCAAGAUUUAAACUAAUUCCAAGUAUUGUGGAUGGAUAUUGGAUGGUCAAGCGUGCUGUUGGAAGCAAAGCUUGCCUACUGGGCAAAGCUGUAUCUUGCAGGUAUCUCAGGCAAGACAACUUUCUUGAGAUUGAUGUGGAUAUUGGAUCAUCAUCCGUGGCGAGGAGUAUCAUCGGACUUGUCCUCGGAUAUGUCACCAGCAUAGUAGUUGACCUUGCCAUUUUGAUAGAGGCGAGGGAGGAGGCAGACUUGCCUGAGUACAUUCUUGGAACUGUUCGGCUUAAUCGUUUGAAGAUUGAUUCGGCUGUUCAUUUGGAGGCAUGAGUUAUCUGCUCUUGGACUGUCCAUUUCCUACGAGGAGUAACCGUGAAGUUGGUGGUUAUUGAGGUACUCUUCUUCCAUGAGCUAUUUCCCCUGUAAAUCUUGAAACUGCAUCAUAUUCAAAAAUGAAGUUCAGUAAUAAUCUUUGUAGCGUGACAUAUAUGUAAUCCCUUUUUUGAGGGGAGCGGGGUUUAUAUUUGAUGCUUGUUUAUUAAUAUUGAAGCAUCUAUUGAUGAUUCUUUUUUGACAUAGUUGUGCUUGCAUUACUGUAGCUGAAUCUAAAGCUAGUAAGAGUCUUUUUUGGUUU